UUGGAUGUGAAGUGUUUUGAGUUAGACAUAAAAAUUGAACAGGACUCUUAACUGUACAGGAAGUUUGUUUCGCAUUCAUACAGAGGUUUUAAUGUAAAACUUCUAAUUUUUGUUAUUUAGAUUAUCUGAAAGACCAAUAAACUAGAAAAAAAAAUCACAUCUUUCUGUUGGUGUUCAAGACAUGUGAAAGAAAAAAACACUUAUAUAGUCAAUAUAGUUUAGUCAGGAACCUACUUACAGAUCACUAUGUCUCAUAUUGGUAAAUUCGGUCUAAUGGGAGGAAACUUUAAAAAACCACCUCAGCGGAAAACUAGAUUGAAUCGUUCAUACGAAGAGUUGACUCCCAUAUCUUGGAGUGAGUAUUUUGAACAUAAACGCUUUGUUGAAAUUGAUGGUAACAGGUUUGCGACCUACUCACUGGGCAAUGUUGAAUCUGUACUGAUUGUUUUGCUCCACGGUGGAGGGUUUAAUGCUCUCACGUGGUCUCUUUUUGCUAAACAUUUAGUAAAACAAUGUGAAUGCCAAGUAUUAGCAGUUGAUCUUCGAGGACACGGAAAUUCAUUUACUACAGAUGAUAAUGAUUUAUCAAUGACUACUUUUACUAACGAUGUCAUAAGUUUAUUACGUAAAUCAUACCCAGACAAAAUGCCUUCAAUAGUUUUAAUGGGCCACAGUCUUGGUGGAGCUAUAGCUGUAAAUAUUGCUUCUUCUGCAGAAUCAGAUUUGCCAAUUAUUGGUUUGGUUGUCAUUGAUGUGGUUGAAGGUUCAGCAAUGGAAUCAUUGGCUAGUAUGCAAAGUUUUUUGAGAAGUCGUCCAAAAUCAUUUAAAAGUUUAACAGAUGCUAUUUCAUGGGGAAUGGGGAAUGGUCAUAUAAAAAACGAAGAAUCUGCCAGGGUUUCUAUUCCAGGACAAAUAAAAAAUGUCGCCACUGGUAAACUUGGUACAGAUGAAUUAGAAGAGCCAACAAUUGACACUCCAGUACUAACAGAAACUAUCUUAGAACCUCAAUAUUCAAUAGAUUCUAUUAAAGAAGAUGAAGAGUUUGGGGCAUCUUCAAUUUCUAAUCAAAAAUUAUUGGGUAAUUAUACAUGGAGAAUUGACUUGUGUAAGACAGAAAAGCAUUGGCCUGGGUGGUUUCAAGGACUUUCAAAAAAAUUCCUAUCUAUACAUGCACAAAAAUUAUUAUUACUGGCUAACAUUGAUCGUAUGGACAAAGAUUUAACUGUUGGUCAAAUGCAAGGUAAAUUUGAAAUGCAAGUAUUAACUAGAGUUGGGCAUGCUGUACAAGAAGAUGAUCCAGAAAAGGUUGCUAGUAUAUUGUCAAAUUUUUUGGUACGAAACAAAUUUGCAAAUCCAACAGGAGAUUUUGUUCGUAUUCUUCCUGGUUGUUAAGUUGUGCUAAUCAAAUACUUACCUGAUUAGCACCUUCUCAAAUUAAUAAGAUAAGUGAGUGUGUCAAUUUAUGAGUUAGACAUAUUUAUAUAUUUUUUAAUACAUAUACUUAUAACUAAAACAAAAACAUUAAAUUAUAUAAACAAUUAUAU